CUGGAAAGAUGUCUCGCGUUGAUCUCAAAAAGCCUUCUUUAUGUACUAGCGAACCGUUAGCUAAGGAGACUCUUUGCCAUGCUCUGUCAGUAUUUGAUAAAAUGGUGAGGUCCUGCUAUGGCCCCACAGGGAGGCUUAAGCAACUGCACAACGGUGUGGGUGGAUAUGUGCGCACAACGUCUCAGUCUUCAGCUUUGCUCGGUGGCCUUUCAGUCACUCAUCCGGUGUUAAAGCUUCUGACAGCCUCUGUGCAGAACCAUCUCGCACGCUUCAGCGACUGUGGCUUGUUUAUGGCCAUCUUUUGCUGCAGCCUGCUUGAAAAAUGUCAAGGCCUUAACGUCGCCCCUUGCACUUUCAUUAGAAUCAGCCAACGCCUUUUGAGCCUGUGCAUUGACUAUCUUGCAUCUGAAACAUGUGGUUGUAGAAUGCAGGUGGAUUUUAGCAGUUCCAAGAUCCCCCUGGAUCUGGUCCAUAGUAUAAUAACUAGCAAACCUGCUGGCAGGCUUAGCAGAAUGGAAGCCAAUCACAUCAGCAUUUUGAUUUUAGAGGCCUUUCUAUUUACAAUUCCACAAAACAUCGAUACUCAAAUGACUCUGGGAAAGUGUCUUUAUAUCCCUGUAAAGAACAAACAGGUUUUGGAUUCUGCUGUAUAUCCUGGACUUCUGAUAGAAGUGCCAGAAAUGGUCCUGAGAAAUACACCUCCAAUCAAAAGAGAUACUUCAGGCAUGAUCAAGAUGGUGCUUUUCAGUAUGUCUCUGUCUGGAGACCUGUCUGAGAAUGGAGAAGGAGUCAUUGUCAUCCCACAAGGAGUUUAUUUAGAAGCAGCAGUCUUAGCUCAGUUGCUUAAUGUAGGCAAGCAAAUAGUAAAGGUUGGUGUUGGUGUUUUUGUGUGUCAGAAAGUCAUCCAUCCGGCAUUACAACAAUACCUGAAGGAGAACCACGUUGUGGCAAUAGAAAGAGCUGGACUGUCGUUGAUGGAGCCCCUGAAAGAAAUGACAGGUGCUCAGCCGAUACCUUCUCUACAGUUCCUGUCUCCUGCUUGCUGUGGCUAUCUGAAGGAUUUGCAAACUCUGUCUAUUGCUUCAAAAUGGUUCUUUCAUCUGAUUCCUAACGACCCAGUUGUCUGCAGUUUGAUGCUGUGUAAUAGGAAUGAAACAGCAUGGGAUGAAUUGAAGUUUGCCUGUCAAACAGCAGAACAUGUUUUGCAGUUAACCCUCCGUGAUCCCUGGGUAUUGCUAGGUGGCGGCUGUACAGAAAUGCAUUUGUCCUCAUACAUCAGGCACAUGACCUCUACUGUGGAAAGAAGUACCUUGGAAGAUCUGUCCUGUUCUCAGGCAGAGUUCAGGAUGGUGGCCAAUGCCUUUUGCUCUUCACUAGAGUCUGUAGCUUGCUGCUUAGACCAUGAUGGAGGAAACAUUCUCACUGAUACAAAGUGGAGUCAUUUUUGGUCUGUUCCGCCUGAUGUUCCCAACAGCUCUGACUGGUCAGACCUAAUUUGGAAGUGUGGAUGUGGUCUUUGCGAUAAAGAGGAAGACCUCCAUUGGAGGAUGCUCCAGUCCUGUGCCAGUCCUUUCCUCCCACAAAGUUGUAUUCAUGAGUCUUCUGUAACCUCCAUUGACAAUCUGAUUCUUGAUUGUUUUUCUGCAAAAAGGAAUGCCCUGCAGGUUGCAGUGGAGACAGCCAGUCUGCUGCUAGAUCUCUCAUAUAUUAUUGAAGAUCAGAAUUAGCAGUGUUUGCAUAUCCUAGUGGUGUUCUCCAUGUGCAGUGACCUUCUCAGGCACAACAUCCAACCACAUCUCCCUGCAUCCCCAAAGAAUAGUUUAACGAAGGUUGUGAAGCACCUCUCCCUCCAAAAAAAAGCAUGGAAUAUUUUAUAAGGAGCUAUAGGUGGAAAGGUAAGUUCUGUUCCUCUCUACUUCUUUCAUGUGGAAACUUGCCUGUUGGCAUGCCCAAAAAGAUGGCAUCUUGUAAAGACAUGACAUAAUUCAAAAUAUGUAUGUUGAGCAUCCCUUAUUCAAAAUUCUUGGAAGUAGAAAAGUCCCAUUUUUUUCAGAUUUUGGAAUACUGGGAUAUACACACAUACAUA